AUGGUUAUUUUUGAGCGACUCAACGAUCCUUUGAAGAUAUUUGCACUUCCACUGAAAUUCUUCGAAAUGCUCGGCAUGAGUCAGUGUUCCUCCGGUCGUGUUCGACUUUUAGCCACCAACAGCUAUUUGCUGCUCGCGUUGUUUAUUCCGAAACUUUUCCUCGGGUACGACACCAUUCCCGAUUGCUUCCGUAGCAUAGCGGAAGGCAUGUUUUCACUAAACACCUGUAUUACGCUGUUUUGUCUACCCUUCAAAAUGCACCAUCUGGAGAUGUUACUUCGAGAUCUCAAACUUUUCACGAACAUAGUGAGCGUUACGGACGAGUACAAACAAAUUCUGAUCAAACUCAACACGACCAUCCAUAAAUACACUAAGUAUUACUUUCUUUUUACGAUUGGUAUCAUAAUUGCUAUGUUCAUUCCUGCCACAGCCGGUGUUCUUUACAUUUACAUCUCGCAAACGCCCGGUCAAUUGGUUUAUUUCCCGCUCAUGAUGGAGCAUCGUCUCUACGUAUUGGAUCCGCACUAUAAUCUUCUACAUUGGUUCUUGCAUCAUAUGUUUCUGCUGCCGGCCCUCUUCAUUCUGCUGGUCAUAUACACUGGCAAAGCUGGCUUAUUAUUCGGUUCGAUUUGCUUCUGCACCACACUGUUUAAUAUCCUGGCCCUGAAGAUCAGUGGAUUACGAUUGCUCAUCUCCUCUGAGCAGUAUACAGCCGAGCUGAAAGAAAUCAUAUUACUACAUCAGUUAGCCAUCAGGUGUGCGAAGCUGUUGCGGAAAAUACUUAUGGACAUAUUGCUCGCACAGUUUACCGGCUGCGUGUUGAUUUGGUGUUUCUUUUUGUACUCCGUAAUGAUACUAGGAAUUACUCCGGAAGGUAUUACGAUGGCCGUUAUGAUUUUUUCCUUCUCGUCUGAAACCUUCCUCUUCUGUGUGUUUGGUAAUGAAUUAACCAUUAAGGUAUGGCUAAAGUUCAAUCGAGUGAUGGCUGUAUGCUAUACUAACACUACCAUUUUGCUACCUUAAUAGGGUGAACAAAUCAGUACUGCUAUGUAUGCAACCGAAUGGUACGAACAGCCCGUAAAGAUACAGAAGCUUAUCAUACCUAUCAUGCAGCAAUCCCAGCAAAGAAUUGGCAUAAGUGCGGCCAAAUUCUACUACAUCGAUAUCAACAGAUACGGUCAAGUAUGUACCAUCAAAAUAUAA